AUGAUUCGAAAUCAUUCAAAAACGGAUCCGCUUAUUCAAAAAGCCAUGGCGUGUGCAGAGCGAGGAGUCUGGCCGAAGGAUCUCGAAAAGGAGCCCGCGUUCCAGCAAUUUUCGAGACGCCGGGAACAACUGUCGAUUGUCGAGGACUGUCUGAUGAUGGCUCAUCGCGUCGUCGUUCCGCAACGUCUUCGUCAACGAGUUCUCGUUUCGCUUCACAAAGCACACCCGGGAAUCGUCCGUAUGAAGGCACUUGCUCGCAGUCUCGUCUUCUGGCCCGGAAUCGACAAGGAUAUCGAGCAGGUUGUGCGGAGCUGCGACAACUGCGCCGCCGCUGCCAAGAAUCCAAUAAAGAACGUGCUCUACUCGUGGCCAAAACCAGCUGCUCCGUGGACACGCGUGCACGCCGAUUUCGCCGGACCCGUCGACGGAGUCUACUACUUGGUGGUAGUAGACGCAUAUUCAAAAUGGCCGGAAGUGAUGGCGACCAAAUCGAUCACAUCGACCGCCACCAUCAAGCUCUUCGAGAAGAUUUUUGGGCAAUUCGGGAAUCCGGAGACGCUGGUGACGGACAAUGGAACACAAUUCGCCGCGCAAUUGUUCCAGUCAUUCUGCGAGGAGAGAGGGAUCAACCACGUCUUCGCACCGCCCUAUCAUCCGCAAUCAAAUGGCCAAGCUGAACGGUUUGUCGAUACUUUUAAGCGCUCACUGAAGAAGCUGAAAGCCGAGUCGAAGGGAGAGGACGCGCUCAACGUCUUCUUACAACUUUAUCGUUCGACUCCGUGUGCGGCGGCGCCGCAGCAAAAGUCGCCCGCCGAAAGCUUUCUCGGACGGCCGAUCCGCACGCCAUUGCAACUACUGCUGCCAAGGACGGUUUCUGGAAUCUCUGAAAGGAAUCUGGUCAUGGAACGACAAUUCGAUGAUCAUCAUGGAGCUCGUGUGCAAAAGUAUCGACCGCAGGAAGCCGUCUACGUCAAGGACUUUCGCAAUCCACUCAAGCCAACUUGGAGUGCCGGGAUUGUGAUAAAGAAGUUCGGGAACACCGUCUACGAGGUCGAAGUGGACGGUUUUCGCUGGAAAAGGCACGCCAAUCACCUGAAACCGAGGAUUCGACGUCAACCGCUGGAGGAGCUGAUCGACACGUUUGGACUGGGAAGAUCGAGCGAUUUGGACGACACGAAGGACUUGGAUGGCCCAAAAGAUUGGAAGGAGGUUUCGAAGGAUGCCGAGGAUUCAAAGGAUUCUGAGGAUGUUUUGGAGUCGGAGGAGGAUUCGUUGGUUCGUCUGGAUGCUAAAUCGCUGCCUGCUUCGCCUGUGCACUCGCCGACUGUGCCGAUCGUCAGACGCUCUGCUAGAAGUCGAACUGCCGUCAAACAAUUCGAUAUGGACCCGACACAGAAAAGUUAUCAUUGA